CGCGAAUAUCUGAAAAAAUACGGAAGUGUUAUUACGGAAAUGCUGUUUGUGUGAAGUUGUAUUGUGAGUCUUUGAGAUCGUACGCUGUUGGUACGUUUAUGUAGUAAUUAUACCUGGAUCAAAAAACUAAACAAAAGACGUUUCCCGUUUGCAGCGAUUUUAUGGAACAAUUAAAUAAAACACUCAACACCUGAGAACCAGUGAAUGUCGCAUUUGAGCCAGUGAACAACAAAGGCUGCUGGGAUGGAUGAUAUCUAUACUUUGCAGCAGGAAGUGGGACGGGGCAGCUAUGGAGUGGUUUUCAAGGGACGUGUGACGGAGACUGGCUGGUGGGGCGAGAGGGGCGACACAGUGGCCAUUAAACGUCUGCCAUGUUGUAGCCCAGAGUGUAUAGAGCUCUACCUGCAGGAACUCUGGGCUAUGAGAGUCACAGCACGAAACCACCCUAAUGUCAUCGCUCUAUACAACUGCCUCUUACAGACUGGACCUAGAACACUUCAGCCUCUGAGAUCAGGGAGGCUGCCUUUGGAUUUAGUGGAGAGUGCUCUUAAAGGGAGAGUGGUGGACAAGGAUUCGAAAACCCAAUUUGGAAAUCCCUCCAGGUCGAGGAGGAGGCUGAUGUCCACAGAGGAGGUUUCCAGGCGCUGCCUUGCCCUUUGGUUGGUGAUGGAGUACUGCGAAGGAGGGGAUUUGAGCCAGUACAUCCUCUCCAGGCCGCCGGAUGCUGAGUGCAACUAUGCAGUGGUUCAGCAACUUGGCAGUGCCAUUGCGUUCUUGCAUGGACAUGGAAUAGUGCACCGUGAUAUAAAGCCAGAUAAUGUUCUUGUCUGUCUUACUAAAACAGGACCGGUCAUGAAGGUAGCAGACUUUGGCCUCAGUAAGAUGGUGGACAAUCCUACAGAUGGUGUCCCAAGUAGACUGGCUCUUUCCUCUACCUGCGGCUCAGACUUCUAUAUGGCUCCAGAAGUUUGGGCAGGUCGUAGCUAUACAGCCCAGGCUGACAUCUUCUCUCUGGGUGUGCUUUUCUGGGCCGUGCUGGAGAGAAUCACUUUCCUAGAGGAUGGCACCAAUCAAGAGCAACUGGGCGCAUAUGUAAUGCGAGGCCGCUGGCUCAUCCCAUUAGGUGAGGCGCUCUGUCAGAAUCCCGACCUGCAGUUAAUCAUCCCUAUGAGGGCAAGACGUGCUCCGCCGCUGCCGCCUCCUCUAAACCCAGCUAUGUGCGAGCUGCUGAUGGACAUGCUAGAUUCUGAUCCUGAUACCCGGCCCACAGCAGACCAGCUGGAGAAGAGGAUUUGGUGUGCCAUAGAGGUGCACUGAUCUCAAGAGCUGCAUUCUAACAACCAGUCUCAUUUAUACACUGAAAAACUUGAAGAUGAAGCCAGAAAAAGUUAUCAAACAGAGAUAUUGUUCGUCUAGUUGGAAAUCAGGUUUAAAGGGCAAAUAGGUUUGUUAUUUGUCUUGAGUUUUUAUUGAGUGCCGUGUCUGUUACCAUAUACUUUAUGAAUUGUACAAUCAUUUAAAUACAAUUAGUUUAUAGGGGUGCACACUAUAUAUAUUUGUAUAUAGAUUUGUCACUCUAUACUACGCAAUAAAUCUAGUGACGCCCCGUCCACGCGCAGUAUUCAAAACAAGCAACAGAAAGGAUGAAGAGUUCAACCAAUCAGAGCGGAUAACUGUGCCACAUGUAGAAUUUUAAACCUAAAAGUAAGUGUAUUUGUUCGAUAGCACUUACUGUAAAGUGAAAUGGAGUAAUUCAAAUUGACUUUUUACUCAAUUAGGCCAGUCUGUGCUUUUCGUUAUUUUCAUUUUUAAUUUAGUAACUUUAACUUUGUUUAAAUGUUUUUUUUUUUUUCAGAUUGCAAUGUUUCAAUGUAAUGUGUAUUUAACCAAUUUUUGCACAUAAAUAUGCCUACAUGCUUACAUUCACUUUAUUUGUUUAAUCCAAAUACCAAAUAUGGAGAUAUAUAUGCUACUGUAUACUGCAAAUCAGCCAUAAAAAUCAGGCAGGUCUGUUGUAGUUGUACAUUUUUUUCCCCCAGAUCUGGAAAACAUGUUUUUUUUUUAAUGUAUUUUUUAAUUGAUUUUACACACCUAAAGCAUUAUCAUAUUGCAAUAUUCAUUAUUAUGCAGUAUAACUCAGUUUUUGCUUGAUUUUGUGUUUUCAGCGAUCUACAUGUAAUUUUAUGUAUUUAUUGAGAAGUCAUUUACAGAAGAAUAUAAAACAAAUGAAACAA